AUGAUCACACUCUUAGACACGGCGUGGGUGCACACACAAACGGCCCUGCUUCCACCUUUAACCCACCUGCUGCGUGUGUGCAUGUGUGUGUGCGCUCCCAUGUCUCCUAGCAAGAUCUACUGCACUGGAGAGCUCUUAAGGCAGGUGCAGACAGCUAAACUGUUUGAUGACAACAAAUCCUUUGUGGAUAUGAAAUUGGCAGCAAAUCCCGAGGUCGUGAUGGAGGCCUUCUCCAAUCUAUCGCAGAGGUUCCCCAAUGGGACAGCUCCUCCGUCCGAGCUAUGGCUGUUUGUGAACGCUUACUUCGUGGACGACGGGAAGCAGUUUGAGCCGUGGACUCCACCGGACUGGCACGAGAGGCCCGUGUUUCUCUCCAAGGUUUCUGACUCUAAGUUACGCGGCUGGGCUGAGGAGUUGCACGGAUUGUGGAAGUCACUGGGUCGGAAGAUCAGUAAUGAUGUCAGAGACAACCCUCAGCUAUAUUCAAUGAUCUACUCCCCAAAUCCAGUCAUCAUACCAGGGGGGCGUUUCACAGAGUUUUACUACUGGGACUCAUACUGGGUGUUAAACGGCCUCCUCCUGUCUGAGAUGACCGACACAGCCCGGGGAAUGAUCCAGAACUUUCUCCACAUGGUGGACAGGUAUGGAUUUGUACCAAACGGAGGUCGUAUUUACUAUGAGCGUCGCAGCCAGCCACCUUUCCUGUCUCUGAUGGUGGAGAGCUUCUAUGAGGCCACUGGAGAUGUGGAAUUUCUCAGGCAGGCUUUGCCCACCCUGGUGAAGGAGUACAUGUUUUGGAUGGAGAAUCGCUCCACUGCUGUGGAAGUGAAUGGGACGAGUUGUGUGUUGAAUCGCUACAGCGUGCAGGUUGGCCAGCCCAGGCCAGAGGCUUAUAGACAAGAUGCAGAGCUGGCCGAGGGCUUACCUGCAGAGGCCCAAGAGAAAUUGUGGGCAGAGUUAAAGUCAGCCGCGGAAUCCGGCUGGGACUUCUCCUCACGCUGGUACACUGACACCUCACACGGGGGGCCUGGCUCACUCCAGGACACCAGCGUGAGCUCAGUCCUGCCCGUAGACCUCAAUGCUCUCCUGUGCCGCUGCGAGCAUCUGCUAGCCUCCUUCCACAGGACCGUGGGGGCUGAGGAGGGGGUGGCGCAAGCCUUCGAGCAGGCCGCCUCCACCAGGAUGGAGGCCAUGGAGAGUGUGCUGUGGGACGUGGAGAAGGGAGCCUGGUUUGAUUACAACCUUCAGAGUGGGGUCAGGAACUACGCCUUCUACCCCACGAACCUGAGCCCGCUGUGGGCACGCUGCUACUCUCAGCCUGCCAUGGGGCUGAAGGCCCUGCACUAUCUCAGAGGGAGUGGAGGUCUGGACUACCCUAAUGGCGUGCCUACCUCCCUGAGAGAGAGCACUCAGCAGUGGGACCUGCCCAAUGCCUGGCCCCCACUCCAGCACAUGCUUAUAGAAGGCCUGGCUCAGCUGGACUCUGCAGACAGUCAAGAGCUGGCAUUUGCUUUGGCACAGCGCUGGAUUCACACAAACUGGCUGGCGUAUGCCAAAUACCGGGCCAUGUUUGAGAAGUAUGAUGUCAGUGGAGAUGGUAAACCUGGUGGAGGCGGUGAAUACGAGGUCCAGUUGGGGUUUGGCUGGACCAAUGGAGUUGCUUUACAGCUGCUGGACCAGUAUGGUGAUAGGCUGAGCUCUGGGGGCAACUUAGUGUCUGGCCUUCUGAUUGGAUUCAUUUACCCUAUUCUAAAUUUGCUGUUAUAA